AUGAAUGCGUCCAAAGCCGACCAGGAGGUGAAGCAGGUCGUCCGCGACCUGCUGUGCAGAGAUCCGGUCAUGUUCAACUCGGUCAUCAACUCUCACUUCGCCUCAGCCAGCACCUAUCAAGGACGAGGCCUCAAGAUCACGGGCGCAAGUCAGCUCAAGCAUGCCGCGUACUUGCUCAAUGCCCUCAACUUUGGCUCGGCAGCCAAGAUCGAAGACCGAGAUGUUCACUGGGACGCGGCCAGCUCAACUGCCGUCGUACAGGCCACUCGCUUCAUCCGACCUGCCUUCUUCCCGCUCUUCGAAUUUGCCGUGCCCACCAAGCUGGUGCUUACUUUCAAUGCGGAGGAAGGGGAGAAACAAACACUGUACUGCACCCAAUGGAAGGACGAAUGGCCUCUGGACCAGCUCAUUCAAUCCAUUCCUAUCGUAGGCAAGCUGUACAGCUCGCUUCUCGUGCCGUUGUUCACGGCGAUUUUCCUCGUGCUGUCAAAUGUCGCCUUUUGGUUCCAUGCCAAACUCGAGACAGUCGAGCACCGAUACGGACAUCAUGCACUUCAGGCCUACCGCCACAAGGUACAGCCUCGUCUGCCUUCGAGCCUGGUCAAGGGCUUCGACACCGGCGUCCACGCAGCUGAACACGCCAGCCAGCGCAGCGUCCACAUUGUAUCGCGCGUCUCGCAUGGCCCGCUGAGGGCCGUCGAAGAGCUUGCCCGCACUGCCACGGUCGUUUUCAACCUCGCUCUUCCUCAACAGCUUCAGCUGCCGUAUCCCUCGGUCUUUGCCGAAAGCGCUCAGGCGGACAAGGGCAAGAGCUCCAACAAAGCGUCGGAGACUCGCAGCGCCGCAAAGGAGCAUUCUGAGAAGCCCACGCAGGACAAACCGGCCUCUCCUAAGCCUCAAUCGGCAGCCAAACCCGACGAAGCAGGCCCCAAGUCACCCAAGGAGAAAGUGUCGGGAGCACAGGGCACCGCUGACGACAAGAAGGGGGAGCAGAAACACGAGCAACCCUCCACCGAAAAGACCGAGAACGACAAGCCAGCCCCCACCGCUGACGACGCAGCCGAGAACCGCAAACGCAAGGCCGAGUCCGCUCCGGCCGAGCCUGUGCCGCACGCCAAGGUCGUCGUCGGCCCCGCAGAGGACGGCUCUGCUCCAGCUCAGGCCAAAGAGUUUGACAUUCUCACCCAGCAGGUGACCGAGAAGGCACCCACCACCGAGACCGAAAAGCCUUCCCUCUACCAGGCGCUCAAGAAGGACGACCAGCUGGUUCUUCCCACUGGUGAGGCCGCCAGCAGCGGCGGCGCCAAGAAGUCGUCUCACAAAAAGAAGGGCAAGAACGGGGGUCGCAAGUGA